UGGCACGAAUAUAAGUAACAGUAGAUGACCAUGUCAGUAAAAAAAUACAAGAUAUGUGAUAAUCAAGAGUACUCCCGGAUACCAACUCCCCCGGCAAUUGCAAGAUCGAACUCUUCGGUAAGACCAAAGAGUUUAGUACGAAUUAGUUUAUCUUCAAGUGCAAGCAAUCUGCUCAUAAAACCCGGAUCUAUCGACAUAUUCAACACUUCCGUUAUUCCUGCUAUUUCUAAAUAUGAUAUACCUCCGGAGCCUCGAGAGGGGCUCAGAAUAGCAGUUAAACUUCCUUGUGGGCAAAGACUCUGCAGAAGGUUUACCAAGACCACAAGAGUCGGAUCACUCCACUCCUGGAUAAAAAGCGAGCUAACCCAACGUGACGAAAACAAGAUGGACGCUGAAGAUGGCCUCCAAAACUCAGAAACAUUUGUUCUAAAACUGGUAGCUCCACCCUGUACCAGCAAGAUACUUGAAGAUGAGAACAGUUCUCUGAGUGAUUAUGAGAUAUUUUCUGACACUUUGCUGGUUUUGGAAAAUGACUGAUAUACUUGCGUGUGACAUUUAAUCAAGUGUUAAAUGUUUGUUUUUAAUUUUAUGCUGUAGAUCAGGUCAUGUCGGUUGCAUAAUACAUUACUUCCUUAACUUUUUUUCAUAUUAUUAAGUUACAGUUAUUAGUUAUACUCAGCACUCGUCUCAGCACACUCGCUCACUUUAGAUCACAUGGGACUCUGAUACUGAACGAUAAUUGAAUCGGAGAGGGUGCAAAUUUCCGCACGUUCGUUAAAAAUCCAAAACCAAAAAUAGAAUAUGGAUCUAGUGGAAUUUAAGAAACGUUUGAUCAGACUGUAGAUCGGCAUCCUGGAGGGAAGGUGAACUGUAUUUGUAAUUGUUUGGACACGUGACAGUGAUUCUGGUUUUUGAUUUGUCAAUGCUGAAAGCCUAGCUGAUUGGAUGAUCUCUGUCACGUGUCAAAACAAACACAGUUCACCUUCUUCCACCAGUAUCCAGAUCAACAGAACCUAAUUAGCAGCCAGCGGAAUCUCAUUACCUACUAAAGGUGGGGCUAAGUAUGAUAUACUGGGGAUCACUUAAUUACUUAAACAGGGUAACUGGACACGGACAAUAUUAGACAGUUUAAACACCCGUCCUCAGAUGGCAGGAAAUUCGAUAAAGGCAUCGCCCUGUAAUCAGAUAAACGGAGAACUUGGCAAAGUAAACACGGAUUAAGAAAAUCAUAUUAUUUAUUUUUCUCUGCAACAUUUUCAUCCACAUCUCACGGCUGGCUUAUCGAUACAAACCGCCAUUUCUUGCAAUCCCACAAAGAGUUUUGUUCCGAUUUUCCCGUUAUGUUUAAACCUUGCAUUGCUGUUUUGUUUUGUUGUGUUACGCUUUGCGCUGCGCCUCCAGUAGAUCAAGACAAGCGCUGCGCAAAAGAGCGUGACACCCUACAAAACUGCAUGUGUCGUAAGAGUUUCCCAACAAGUCUUAAUGUAGAGAAGCCAACUGAGGAGUGUAAGGAGAAGAAGAAGGCGAUGUAUAACUGGUCUAAGUGUAGGGGGGCGGAGGGGUAUUUGUCAAGACGAUGCGGGGUUAUGAGGAACACGAAAGAUAUCCCCGAUUACUACCAGAUGGGCCCGGGGACCUUAAAGAUCCCUAAUGCCCUUUUCAAGGACAACCGAAAACGGAUCUGUGACCGACUGGUAUCUAAGAAUGUACCCCGGGGAGCUGUUAUGUUAUUUGAAGGAGGAAUACAGGAACAACAGUACGAUACUGAUAGAGACAUAGAGUUCCAACAGGAGUCCUACUUCAUGUGGUUGUUCGGUGUGAUGGAGGCUGACUUCUACGGAGCUGUAGAUGUUGAUAACUGUGAGAGUAUUCUCUUUAUGCCUCGUCUUCCUGCUUCCUACGCCGUCUGGAUGGGCGAACUAAAAACACCAGAGUACUUCAAGACACGGUACGGAGUAGACAGGGUUCACUACUCAGACGAGAUAGUCACAAUCCUCAACCAGCUCAGACCCUCUGCUCUUCUUAUCAUGGACGGGACCAACAGUGAUAGCAAGAGCCAUUUCCAGGCUCCCAGCUUCGAGGGCAUGGACCAGUUCAAGGUGGACACAACUACGCUAUACAACGAGAUCGCAGACUGUCGAGUACAGAAGAGUCCAGGUGAGAUGGAGAUAAUGAGGUAUGUUAACGAGGUGAGCUGCGAGGCACACAAGGAGGUGAUGAAGAUGAUGAAACCGGGCAGGAUGGAGUAUGAGGGCGAAGCGACUUUCAAGCACUACGCUUACAUGAAGGGAGGAAUGAGAUUUGUUGGCUACACUUGCAUUUGUGCUAGUGGCCAAAACGCAGCUGUGUUACACUACGGACACGCAGCCGAACCAAACGACAAACGUGUUAACAACGGUGACAUGCUUUUGUACGACAUGGGAGCUGAGUACGCUGGUUACACAGCUGACAUAACCGCCUCAUUUCCUGCUAACGGCCGUUUUACAGAAAGCCAGAAGUUUGUUUACAAUACCUGUUUGAAAGCUAACAGGGCUGUCCUGGCUGCUAUGAGACCAGGUGUCUCGUGGCCAGAUAUGCACCGACUGGCUGAGAAGACAAUAGUGGAGGAGUUCAUCAAAGAGGGGCUGCUUGUGAACGGCACAGUAGAGGAGAUGACGGAAGCGUAUAUGGGGGCUAUCUUCAUGCCUCACGGUCUUGGUCAUCUCAUUGGACUUGAUGUACACGAUGUUGGUGGAUACGUGAACGCUCCACCUCGCAUCCAGGAACCUGGUAUAAAGUAUCUGAGAACGACCCGUAACUUGGAGGAGGGAAUGGUCAUUACUGUUGAGCCAGGGGUUUACUUUGGUGAUGCUUUAAUCGAAGCAGCUUACGCUAAUCCUGACCAAGCGAAAUAUAUGAACAAGGAAAAGAUUGAGCCGUAUAGGGGCACUGGAGGGGUACGAAUAGAAGACGGAGUAGCGGUAACGGCUGACGGAACUGAACUGCUCUCCCACAACAUACCCCGGACAGUAGAGGAAAUAGAGGAGUUCAUGAACAGGUCAAAUUAGAAGGGGGUGCUGUGACGUCAUUAUCAGGGGUGCUGUGACGUCAUUAUCAGACCAUUUGACAUUGUAGAUUUCGGGAUUAUAUGAAGACCGCAAUAUUAAUUGUUUGCUGAAUAUUUAGUUCUCUGAUUAAUAUCGCUUGAAUUUUUUGCUUACACACUAAUUAAGUUU